AUGGUUCAAGACUGGACCCGGGAUUCGUUCCCCCGUCACCCGACCUUUCAGCCUCAGUACUAUCCGGCUGAUGGAACCACUGCGCGCCACCAGUCCUUUUCUUCUGAGAGAUACGCCUCCGAUGUUGUUCAACGACACCAUUCCUUCCCACAGGAGCGCGUUGGUGUCGAAGCUGACAAUGCCCGUUUCCAAGAGGGCACUGACUCGCGUCGCCCGCCACUCAUGCAAAUCGACGAGGCACUGAGAACCCACUGCGGCAUUGUUGCCAAGCACUAUUUUGUUGCUGCCAUUAACGAAGAUGGCGCGUCCAUGACCUUCUUCAGCCCUAGCCCGGGACGUGGGAUGACGGACAACACCAUCCGCCAGUUCUUUGAUGCCAACAGAUACCGGCAGGUCAUGUCUCGCAUCGAUGCAGGUGCGGACCCCAUGCUGGACGACUACAAUCUCGAAGACAGCUUCUACAACCGCCCUGCUGCCUUCAACCGUAGUCGGAUGAUUGACGGCCGUCGCCGCAACUCUGGAUUUGGUGACUGGAGUGGCAGUCCCGUCCGCCAAGGGCGCAAGCGCGUCAGGGGAACUCGAGCCGUAAAUGAUGAAGACGAUGUUCCCAUGACGGUCUCAUCUCGUAGAGGUAUCAGGAUCGGCGACCCCCACGCUGUUUGGAGCUUCUAUGAACAGCGGUUCAAAAACUGCCAGCAGACGGCCUGCAAGCUCAUUGCCAAGGCCUGGGUCAAGGCCGUGGAGCCCAAGAAGCAGUCCACACACCCUUACACCGGCAGCGACGAGAAGGCGCCUGCUUGGUGGCCAAAACCGUGGGGCCCUACCAAGGACGACAAGGUCCGGCACAAGGAGCCAGACCACUUAUACAAGCGAGAGCGUGUACAUCUUCUCGCUCACAUCCUGAGACUGGUUGUUGAGCCCAACGCAAAGCAGCAUCCUGAUAUCCAAAAGCUUGGCUUGAACGUGAAGAAGCUCGAGGAGACAACCGUCGAGGCCCUGUCGUCAUUUUUCAUGGACAAUGAAGCCAACGCCAAGAAGAGGCCAUUCCUGAACGAGAUCUUCAAGGUGGCUCGCCAGGAGGAGCGAUACAAGAAUGGCGAAAUCGAUGGUACGACUGAGGUCUACGUCAUGGCAGAAGACAAGAUGCCAGAGAGUUACGCUUCGGACAAUGAGGAGGCUACCUACAUCAAGGAUGAAGAUGAUCACGAGGCUAGAGCUAAGCCGCUGGCUGCUCAGUGCCUCCCUCACCCGGCAGCAUCAGAGCCCAGCUCCGCGACAAGUAUUCGCCCGCCCACCUUUAUAAAUGACAUGACAGUCAGGGCCAAUGCAUUCCCGCCGUCCAUGAUUACAGAGCUUCCCGCACAGCCGCAUACAUAUGUCGAGGGUGGCACAAUGUCUGUUCACAGCAGCCAGCCUGUGGCUACCACAGCGGCUGCCAACAUCGCCCUCGACAUGGUUCCGAGCCCUCAUGACGCCAGCCGACGGCCGUCAGUGUUCAGCGACUACGCUAGCCCUGGGGGAAUGUACAGCCAGCAGUGGCCACAGGCAUCAACGAAUACCAACGCAUCGACCAUGUAUCCCUAUGCACAGCAGCAAACUACCACACAGUCAGCAUCGUUUGUCGGCUCCGGGGUUUCCAUGACAUCCAAUCAGCCCUUUAUACCAAAUUCUUUUGAGACACCACACCGGAACGAAUACGACCAAACCGGAGCUCCGAUAUUUCGAUCGGGGGAUUUGUCUCAGGCGCCCCCAGUCACCCAGCAGCAGGGCUAUGGCUACGCAAUGUCGAACGAUACCCGGGGAAUGAGAGUCAUGACCCAGGUUGUGGAUGCCGCUGGGCAUCGCCCGUCUCUACAAUAG